AUGAAAAGUUUUUUUACAGUUUAUGGCAAAUAUUAUAAUGCUAGGUUGCAAAGCGAAUAUAUAAAACUUAAUGAUAAGAAUAGGCAGUUGAAGGUUGAAAACUCCAAACUUGUCUCCCAGAAUGCUUGUACAGAAAUAUCUCUCACUAAAGCUGAAGCCGAUAACUUUGCAAAAUUAGAGAAAUGGGCUGAUAGUUGCUUUGUAAGGCAAAAAAAUGAUAUUAGUGCUUCUUCAGUUAUAGGCACGCCAGACAGUCCUAUAGAAGAAGAAAAGACUAGUGAUUCAAAUAGUGUAAAUUCAAAAUCUAACCUUCUUGAGCCAAUCCUACCUGUCAUUUUGGCAAACGAGGUUUCAGUAGGUAGCGCAGAAGGAAUGGUGAAACUAUCAGGCUCUCCUAUCAUUGCAGAUGAAUUUUUGUCAUUUUUAUUUACCUAUUCAAUAAUACUCUUCCUAUUAAUCAUAAUUAUAUUGAUCAUUGUUGUGAAAAAACUAUAG